ACGUAUAUAUAUAUAUAUAUAUAUUUACGUGAAAUAUAUAUUGAAAGUUAUGACAUUGUGUGAUGUAUUGAGUUGUUCGUGAUAAAGAGUAGUUGAGUAAAGUGCGAUAGUUGAAAUGUGUAGACAAAUUAUAUGUUAGUGUCAAGUGUUCUCAUCGUGUGUCGAUGAUGGUGCCAAGUAUUCUCAUCGUGUGUCGAUGAUUGUGGCAAGUGUUCUCAUCGUGUGUCGAUGAAAGUGCCCAGUAUUUUCAUCGUGUGUCGAUGAUUGUGGCAAGUGUUCUCAUCGUGUGUCGAUGAAAGUGCCAAGUAUUUUCAUCGUGUGUCGAUGAUUGUGGCAAGUGUUUUCAUCGUGCGUCGAUGAUAGUGGCAGGUGUCUUCAUCGUGUGUCGAUGAUUAUGACACGUAUUAUCGUAAGAUUGAACCUUGGCCAAGGUGACAGGUUACGAUUCAGUUAGAGCUCUAGUCUGUCUGCCAUCAUACUGUUUGAGGGAUAACCUCAAGUUUUUAUGUGUCUUUGAGUAUGACAUGCUGCGUGGAGGGGUUUUUAUAACUAUCAUAUACCCUUGAGUAUAUAUUGGAAAGGGAAAGUUUAGUUGUUUGGAUGGUCAUGGUGAGAUGUGAGUUGAUUGAUGUUUGAAGUGACGUUGUGCACUUCAAUUUUUAUACUAAGAAUCACUUAAAUUGAUUUGUUCUUUAAAGUCGUGCAAUUCCUUGUUUACUCAUACGGGCUGUCAAAAGCUUACCGGGUUUGUGUUGUUGCAAUCCCGGUACACUAUUCAAAUUGUGUAGCGGGUAAUCCUACAGGUCAAGAGAAUCAGGACGGAGAUCGAGCUGCGUAGAGUAGCUGCAAUUGUGUCAAUCUGAAUUGCUUUGUGAGCCGGUGAGGUGUGUUAUGCUCAUUUAGAGCUUUACAAUAUUUCUUGUGAGAGUGAAUUGUAAUAAUUAACUCGAAGUUUACCGAUUUGGAAAUUUUGUGUAAGUGGUGGAGUUGUUUCUGAGAAAAGAAUUCAGAACGUUUAUUUGUUUAAGUUGUUUAAUUCAUGUUUCGGAUUUUGAAUGUGUUAUUCAAAAUUCGGGGCGUGACAGUUUCCGUAUAAAACCCUAGCAGAUGAAGCCUCAAGUGCCGCCGUUCGAAAGUCCUCAACCCCAAGACUUGCUGGGAAUACACAAGAUUCACAGCUCAGGUGCUUGCCAUGUCGAGUUCCCGGUUGUACAUGCGCAUCCUCCUUGGAGUUAUCAUUUGUCUGGGACAAAUUCAUAUUUCACCUUUGAAGGCAUUUGCACAGACUUGGUGUGUAGCCAAUCCAUCAUUAGGUUAUGAUACUUCGGAAAACGUGGAAAGCUAUGCAUGCAAUUACGUGGAUUGCUCUUCAAUUCACAGUGGAGAUCCAUGCUCUGUCCCCUCGAACUUGUUUAGUCGUGCAUCCUUUGCCAUGGAUGCUUACUACCAACAGGGACAUGAUUGCACAUUUGGUGGCUCUGGACUCAAAUCUAUUACUGAUCCAAGCUACGGAAACUGCAAAUUUGUAGGUUCAGAAGAAAUGAUUUCUGCUCCAGCAGCUCUGAGUAAAUGGUGUAUUGCAAAGCCAACUGCCCCUUACAGUUUACUGCAAAUGAACAUUGACUUCGCUUGUAGUCAAGUCGACUGUAGCGUAAUUCAAACCGGUGGUGAAUGCCAAUUACCAGACACUAUAAUGAACCACGCGUCUGUUGCCAUGAAUCUUUACUACCAAUCAUUUGGCAGAACAGAUUUGAGCUGUUAUUUCAAGUCGACCGGCAUGAUUGUGAUUGACGAUCCAAGUUUUGGAACUUGUUUGUACAAAAGAAAAGGGAAGGAAGGAGGUGCUGGUGUGAGUCUCGUAAAAAAGCAUGGGAAAUCUAGUGUCAUUUUAAAAUUGAUAGUUGCGUCGAUAAUUACUUUUGGGUUGGUAGGGACUGUAACUGUUGUGUGCGUGUGCCGGCGUUCUCGGAAUCCCUCACAGGCAAUAAAAAGUGAGAUGCAACACAUGCCAACCCCAGCCCCCUCUCAGUCCCAGCCACAGCCAUCAUGUUCAGUGACAGUAUCAGUUCCCUGUGAGGCGGUAUCAGUUCCUCUCAGUCCCCCUCCCGGUCCUUCUCAAACACAGCCCAAGAAAGACGACGCCCAACUUGACAUUGGAGGAAAUUAUGUGGCAAGAAAUCAUUGGAGGAAAUUAUGUGGAGGAAGCAAGCAAUAGCCGUGAGCUUUUCUAGGGUUUUGGACGGCAUGGAGACCUAGGGGCCGUCCCCUAUAUAUUCCUCUCUUCUCUCAACGUCAAGGAGUUCCCACUUUUGCGUUUUACAACUUUAGAAAAAAUCAGAAAACUCUCUCUAGCUUAGCCGUGUUCUUCUCCAUCCUCUAGGGCAACCACGAAGUUCAAGCAAGGCCAAGAAAGAAGAGGACAAGCCGUGCACAUCAUCCAUCACCAUCCUUGAAGAUUGCUUUCGAAAUUCAAGAGACCAUUCAUCCCAUCUUCAUCACGGUGUAAUCCGAUUCUCCUUGUAACCUUUGCUUUGUAAUUUUCGUUGGUUAUGCCCUAGUUGACACAUGUGUUUGAACAAUUUUCGAAUUCUGAAAUUUUAUGGUUAAUUACUAAUUUUCA